UUAGCCUGUUCCCCAUAUCACUAUUUUAUUCCUCUUCAGUCUUCUCCCCCUUCAUUUCCUCACCAUCAGACCCUAAUGCUACUGUGAAUUACUCCCACUGCACUACUCCUUCUGAUACAACUCUCAGUCUACACGCUCUUCUCUUCAUCUUACCCAUCCCUCUGUCCCCCAGCUUUUCUUUCUCCUACAAACCCCACUUUCUGCCCAUUUCUCCCGCUCCUUGUAUAUAUAUAUAAUAUAUAUAUAACGGAAGCUAAAUCCAGGGAGCCAUGGAUAUCGACUUCAUGAAAUCCGCUGCUGAAGAUCAGAUGGAAAUGAUGUUGCUGCAGAUGGAGAAGCUUCCUGAUUUCUCGGGGAAUUACUCUGAUGUUAAUGAGAUUCCCAUGAUGGAAUUCAGCAGCAGCCAUCCUGGGAGUUGUAGUAAUGUUGCACCCAUCCCUUGUAAUAAUAGUCUUGAUCAAAAUUUACAUGUUUCUUCGCCUACAUUCAUGAACCUCCAGCCUUCCACCAUAUCGUUUUCCGGCGGGGUUCAUCAUCAGGACCCAUCGGCAGCAGCCUUCCUCCAGCAGCAGCCGAGUUCCAGUGGUGGGAGAUGGAAAGCGGAUGAAUUUUCAGGCGGGUCGCAGCAGAAGCGGAAUUCAAUGGCCGCGAUGCGGGAGAUGAUCUUUAGGAUAGCGGCAAUGCAGCCGAUCCACAUUGACCCGGAAUCCGUGAAGCCGCCCAAGAGGAGGAACGUGAAGAUAUCCACUGACCCUCAGAGCGUGGCGGCACGCCACCGCCGGGAGAGGAUAAGUGAGAGGAUAAGGAUUCUGCAGAGACUGGUCCCCGGGGGAACUAAGAUGGACACUGCUUCGAUGCUGGAUGAGGCGAUUCAUUACGUCAAGUUCUUGAAAAACCAAGUUCAGUCCCUUGAGCGGGUGGCAGCGAAUAGGCCGGCUGCCGGGAUGGGAUUCCCGGUGCCGAUGUCUAGCGGGAACUACUUUCCGGUGGGGGCAAAAGGGUACCAUCAAUCAUCGGCGACGAAUGUGCAGCAUUUGGCAGAUUCUUGAUACGGAGAAGGCAGAGAAUGAAGGCAGUACGUAGUUUGUUAAUUAGUGCAAAAGGGGUUGUGUUUUUAAGGGUUUAAUUCUUGAUUGUGGGGGUGGUGUUGUAAAGAAAGAGAGCUCGCUUAAUUUCCUCAUCAUUGCCAAAUUAUGUCAUGCAUGUGUAUUCCUGGAGAAUAAUACUACAAUCUUGGCACAUAAUAUUUCAUCAAAGAUUCUGAUUUAAUUUCAUCA